CAACAAAGCAACAGCUAUACGGUGCAGUGUGGGUAAGAGUCAAGGACAGAUGGCUGCUCAGCGGACAAUCUGGUGGGGCAGUGGCUCUGCUCCAGCAUGGAGGGUGCUCAUCGGCCUCAAAGAGAAGGGGCUGGAGUACGACAGCAAGCUCAUCGAAUUUUCCAAAAAGGAACACAAGUCGGAGGAUAUCCUGAGGCUGAACCCCAGGGGCCAAGUGCCAACUUUCCUGGACGAUGGCGUCGUUGUGAACGAGUCCCUGGCCGCCCUGCUGUAUCUCCAGGACAAGUACCCCGAGCCAUCCCUGCUGCCUGCCACCAUCGAGGGCCGUGCCCUGGUGUACCAGCGUUUCCAGGAGGCUGCAAACUUCCACGACAAGGUCAGCCAGGUCAUCCGCUUCAAGUGGACGAAUGCUGAUGAAGCGUUGCCUCAGGACAAGCUGGACGCGCUACAGGCAGAGCUGGAGCUUUGGGAGAGCUACCUGAGCGAAGACAGCUUCAUUGCAGGCCCUGACUUCACACUGGCAGAUAUCUCAUUCGGACCGUUCUUGCUGGUGUUCAAGCGCUUUGGAGGCACCCUGAAGGACUUCCCAAAGCUCAACAAGUACGCUGAGAAGAUCGAGGCUCGCCCCUCCUUUGAAGACAGCUACCCGCCGCACUGGAAGGAGACUCCUGGCAAGGACUGGCUCGACAGCCUGUGAGCACCACCACAGCUAAUUCUGCGUAGCAAGCAUACAACAUGCCAGUAGAUGAGUCAGCACGGCUGCGCAAUCCCUGCGCGUGCCUAGCCUACCAACUCACCGGCUGGUUGGCUUCUGCCUAUCUAGAGCCGUUUUGGACAUGCAGUGCCCAGAGUUUUGCCGCAGCACAAAACGCGCUAGAUUCACAGUGCACGUGCUGGGCGCCCUUGAGCACGUGGUAGCAUUUUUGGUGUUUCAAUGCAAUGUGGACAUGGCUGAUGUGCGCUUCAGUCAUUUCAUUGCGAUUCCAGGUUUCUGCAGAGACUGUAGGGAGAGUAGCUGAGUGUGCCGUUCUGCAUCCGUUUGCGCUUUGCUUUGAUCAUUCAAUCGCAAAGACUGAUACUAAGUAGUAUGCAGCUGAUCAUGGAAGAUCAUGUGCAGCCAUCUUUGAACAUAUAUUCUGCACUUUGCAGUGGCUUUGCUUGUGUGUAUAUGGAUGUGCACCGUGUUAACAACCUGCAGCUUGUCUUAGUCUGUUGGAAAUGUGGCCACCAUGGCUGUAGAUAGGAAAGCUUGCAUACACUGGCGUGCAAGCACGAUGUAACCUCAAUUAUGUAACGAAGUCUUGCGCAGG